AUGGGCCGGGGGCGGUCGCCAGAACCGCUCGAUUUCUUCAUAUGGACUGUCGAGGAUGUUGGAUUAUGGCUGGAAGAAAUAAAUCUUGGUAGCUACAGACAAGUAUUUGAAGAAAACGGUGUCAAUGGAGAAUAUCUAGAAAGCUUGUCCAUGUUUACUACUGAACAGAUUCUGCGCUUUAUUAGGCGGUGCCAUAUGAAAUGGGGAGACUUUAUCACACUGUGCAAAGAGUUGAGGCGCAUUAAAGUCGCCUGCCUCAAAGGGGAGCAAGAAGUCCGUGAGGCCAUGGUGGCACUGGCAUGCCUCUCCACAGUGUUCGUGAGGGCAGCCAAGCAGAACAGGAAGUCCCGUGUUGUCUCCUUGAAGCUGGAACCAUAA